AUGCCGUGUUUUGCGUGGAAAGCACUAUCACCCGGGCCAAGUAACACUCGGCAGGCUGUGAUUCUUAGAGCGGCUGCAUCCGUGUAUGAUGCCGUGAAGUUUAGCACGAUAGAGCUGAUAAUCUCAAGGCACGAGCAGACUUUGAAGGUAUUUGAAAAUGAGAAGAAUCUGGAAGUGAAUUUGCACAAGCUAGCAGCAAUCCAGCUUAGAACAGGUACAUACUCUCUGGUAGACUCUUUAAUAAUGGCAGACUAUAUUGUCGAGAGCACAAAGAGAAUAUCCAAAGCACAUAAGAAAAACGUCGACGGCAGUGUUUUGUGA